CCGCGUCACGUGACCCCUCGCGCUGCCCCGACCCGUCCCUUGUCCCCAGGGUUGGGCAGAGGCUUCUUGUUCGUCACGCCCCAUCCCCACUCCUUCCGCGACGGCGCUUGGCCCGUCCUGCGCUCCGUAGCGGCCCCGCCUCUGCCUUAGCCUCUCCGUUUGUCCCCUCUCGGGUCCCGUACGCCGCGGCGCUUCCGUUGGUGGGUGCAGGAUGGGUCAAAGUCAAAGUGGUGGACAUGGUCCUGGGGGUGGCAAGAAGGAUGACAAGGAUAAGAAGAAGAAAUAUGAACCUCCAGUUCCAACUAGAGUGGGGAAAAAGAAGAAGAAAACAAAGGGACCAGAUGCAGCCAGCAAACUUCCAUUGGUGACACCUCACACACAAUGCAGACUCAAAUUGUUGAAAUUAGAGAGAAUUAAAGAUUACCUACUUAUGGAGGAAGAAUUUAUCAGAAAUCAGGAACAGAUGAAACCUUUGGAAGAAAAGCAAGAGGAAGAGAGAUCAAAGGUGGAUGACCUGAGAGGAACCCCAAUGUCUGUUGGUACCCUGGAGGAGAUUAUUGAUGAUAAUCACGCUAUAGUGUCUACAUCAGUGGGAUCUGAGCACUAUGUCAGUAUUCUGUCUUUUGUGGACAAAGAUCUUCUAGAACCAGGCUGCUCCGUUUUGCUCAAUCAUAAGGUUCAUGCUGUGAUAGGAGUCCUGAUGGAUGACACAGAUCCUUUAGUUACAGUGAUGAAAGUGGAGAAGGCCCCUCAGGAGACUUACGCUGAUAUUGGUGGCCUUGACAACCAGAUUCAAGAAAUUAAGGAGUCUGUGGAGCUUCCUCUCACCCAUCCUGAGUAUUAUGAAGAGAUGGGUAUAAAGCCACCCAAAGGAGUAAUUCUGUAUGGCCCACCUGGCACAGGUAAAACCUUACUAGCCAAGGCAGUGGCAAACCAGACCUCAGCAACCUUUCUGAGAGUUGUUGGCUCCGAGCUUAUACAGAAGUACCUAGGUGAUGGUCCAAAACUUGUGCGUGAAUUGUUCCGUGUAGCUGAGGAGCAUGCUCCGUCAAUCGUCUUUAUUGAUGAAAUAGAUGCCAUUGGUACAAAAAGAUAUGACUCAAAUUCUGGUGGCGAAAGAGAGAUCCAGCGUACGAUGCUGGAGUUGCUGAACCAAUUAGAUGGGUUUGAUUCCCGUGGGGAUGUGAAAGUUAUCAUGGCCACAAACAGAAUAGAAACACUGGAUCCAGCCUUAAUCAGGCCAGGGCGUAUUGAUAGGAAAAUUGAGUUCCCCUUACCAGAUGAAAAGACCAAGAAGCGCAUCUUUCAGAUCCACACAAGCAGGAUGACUUUGGCAGAUGAUGUAACUUUAGAUGAGCUCAUUAUGGCUAAAGAUGAUCUGUCUGGCGCAGAUAUUAAGGCAAUUUGCACAGAAGCUGGUUUGAUGGCUUUGAGAGAACGCAGAAUGAAAGUAACUAAUGAAGACUUCAAAAAAUCAAAAGAGAAUGUUCUCUAUAAGAAACAAGAAGGCACCCCAGAGGGGCUUUAUCUUUAGAUUAACUACGUCCACAUAGGGACUCUUCUCACUUUCAAAAUACAUGAAAUGGCAACACAUGUUUCAAAGGCCUCUCCAAGCAUGAUGGGUGGACUGUGUUUAGUUGUAAGUCAAUAAAAUACUUAUUUCUAAAUAAAA